UCUGCCGUAAAGCAGCUCUCCCAGGCGAGCGCCGCUGCUGCCCUUGGGAAGUGAGGGGACAUGAGCGGGAACGGAGGGACUAGGGCCCUGGAGCUGCUGCGGUCGCUGCCCAGGGUCAGUCUGGCCAACCUAAGGCCCAGCCCAGGCUCCAAAAAGCGGGAGAGAAGACGUGGCCGUGGAAGAUAUGGAGGUAGGAAGUGUGGUCGAGGUCACAAAGGAGAAAGACAAAGAGGAAAUCGCCCCCGAUUAGGCUUUGAGGGUGGCCAAACUCCAUUUUAUUUGGCCAUACCAAAAUACGGGUUUAAUGAUGGACAUAGCCUCAGACGUCAGUAUCAACCGCUCAGUCUUCAGAGGCUGCAGUACCUUAUUGAUUUGGGUAGAGUUGACCCCACACAACCAAUUGACUUAACGCAGCUCACUAAUGCCAGAGGUGUAACAGUGCAACCUCUCAAAAGGGAUUAUGGUGUCCAGCUGGUGGAGGAGGGUGCUGAUAUCUUUUCAGCAAAAGUGAAUAUUGAAGUGCAGAGGGCAUCUGAAUUAGCAAUUGCAACCAUAGAAAAAAAUGGUGGUGUUGUAACAACAUCAUUCUACGAUCCAAGGAGUUUGGAAAUUUUAUGUAAGCCAGUAGUAUUUUUCCUGCGUGGCCAGCCUAUUCCAAAGCGAAUGCUUCCACCCGAAGAUCUAGUCCGUUACUACACCGAUGCCAGGAAUCGUGGGUACCUGGCAGAUCCAUCCAAGGUUGCAGAAGCCAGGCUUGAACUUGCCAAGAAAUAUGGUUAUGUCUUACCAGACAUAACUAAGGAUGAACUCUUCAAAAUGUUAAGCGCACGCAAGGAUCCUAGACAGAUAUUUUUUGGUCUUGCUCCAGGAUGGAUCGUAAACAUGGCAGACAAGAAAAUUCUCAAACCAACUGACGAGAGGCUGUUAAAAUACUAUAGUUCAUGAAUUCAGAACUGGAGACAACUGCAGGUGCACAGGAAACAUCUGGAGAAUAACAAGAAGCGGAUUAAUUUUUUUGGUGGUGUUCGUCAACGAGGCCAGAUUUUUGCUUUACUCAACAAACUGCCUUGUAAAUUAAUAUGAGCAUCUGUAAUCACAAAACAAAAUAAAACAAUUCUUCUAUUCUCAUGCUGAUUAAAUAAUAUGAAAUCCAGAGAUUAACAAUGGAAAGUCACUAAUUUUUGACAAUUUAUUCUCCAGCUUCUAUUGUCCGUUGUUAACGUGUGUUAGAUGCUAUCAGUAAUGGUCAUUCUCCUGACUUGUGGUUUAAGCAUAGGUGAAACAUAGCAAAACACCACCAAUAUAAAACUGGAUUGUGAAUAGCAGGAAUUUGCUCUUAGUGGUGUUAACAUUCAUGUUUUAUAAGGUGCACAACACUUCUUUGGCACAUUAAGAAUAAUACUGUGUGCCAAAAAAAGUAUAGCUAGUGUUAACUUGAAUGUGAAGUAAAUAACUUUCUCACUUUAGAUGUAUCCUGUUCUGCAUCCUGAUGAUUGUUGGUUUGGAAACUUAAAUGACAAGCAAUACUUUUUUUUUUUUAAACAUUUUUUUUUCUUUUUGUUACUACAAUACUACUGCCUCCAUUUGGGAAGGAGUUGGAGGGGGGGAAGAGUAUUUAUUGCCUUCCCUUAUUUGUGCCAUAAUGUUUCUGUUUUUAUGAAUCGAUUCACAAUUGUAUUUUGUGGAGGUGGUGGUACUCAACAGGAAAGCUACUUAACUGGAAGCGAAGAAGGAAGUUAGUCAUAUUAGUGAAGACCAGAAGACAAAAGUGUUUAUGUAUCAUUGUGUAUUUUGGGGAGGAGAAGGGGGGGGAAGGGAACUUUGUUUCCACUCCUGCUCUUUGUAUUAAAAUGAACAAACUGCUCUCAGCAGGUUUUUUUUCUAAAUCAACUUCUUUGAUAUACACACGCGUGCACGCGCUGGUUUCUGUAGGUUUCUAAAUGAUUUUCAGGUGAAAGGGUAACUUGGAUAAAAUGAUAACAGUGAAAGAAAGAAUGAAAACAGGAAACAGAUGUCUGGUGACGUCGAGGGAUUGGAUAGCUCUUAUUCAGUGAACGAUGUCUUAGUCACAAGGCAGCUGUAUCCUGGCUCUGAUACUAUAACGCUACAAAUACAUUGGAGCCAAAACAGCCACGUUCCACAGAAUCCGGUCAUUCUACUUUAUAAAGGUGAUCUUUUAUCAUCUUAAAAUGGACAGGGCAAAAAGGGCUGUGUGUUGCUUUAUUUAAAAUAUGCAAUGCUUGUCGUCUUUUCUCUCAUCUGUUUACAGUAGCUAGUAUUUUAUAACAGUUGUUCUGAUUUUUAUUUACUAGUGAAAAAAGUGACCAAGGCUAUAGAGGAUUUCCUGUUCAUUUUAUCUCGUCAGGAACACAAGUAUCCUGGCAACUGAAUACAGAAUUAUCAAAAGCACAAGUAAGUUAUUGACAGGGUUUCUAAUAAAUCUGUAAUAAACAGCCUCCCAAUGGAUUGUUGUUUAAAUGAGGGUCAGGCUCACUGAUGCAAGACUGUAAGCUAGCGCUUGCAUCUAGGGCCAUUCUCUUUACUUAGGCACAUGUACCAUGUUUUCAUGUUCAUAGGAUAAAUGAUUGCCUUGGAUAUCCUGUUUUGAUAGGGAUUUUUCAUAUACAACAAUGUAUUACACAGCAAGAAGCACCCAAUCUGCUGUAACCGGAAAAGCACUAUUAAGUAGUUGGGGAAAAGAAAUGUUAUUUGUGCCAUAAAAUACUGAAAGCCAUGUCAAUUUUUAUCAACAACAUCAUGCUUUUGAAUGGUUCCUUGAUAAAACUGAUUAUGUAUGUGAGACUGAAAUCAAAAUAAAGGCCUCUGAAUGAGUACAUACCUUCUUAUAUCAUACUUUGAUAACUAGAAAUCACCAUUUCUUAUGAGAUUGACUGGCUGGUAUUGGUAGUCUUUACCACCUCUACGGGUGGCUGGCUGCAGACUCAAACCGAAGCAAAUUAAAAUAAAUGUUUUUUUCCUUUUACUUAUAUGUACAACAAAGACACGUUGUCUUUUAAUUCAUUAUACUUCAUAGUAUAGUAUUUAUGUUUAACAACCAAAAGUUAACUACCAUUCCCUGAUUUCCAAAAAGGAAUAAAUGAAUAAAUCAGUGGCCCUGAUCUGAAUCUUCACUGGCAAUGUGCCAACAUUGUUUUGACAUACAAGCAUAAUUGAUGUAGUGCUCCAGGAAGUCAUAUAAAAGUGAUCAGUUAUGAAGAUAGCUUCCCAUUGCUAUUUUAUUAUUUUCUAUUUUACUGCUAAAAUUUAAAAUGCUAGUGUAAAGCUAAUUUUGCACUGUGGAACCCUCACAAGUUCUGUAAAAAUUUGUCUCUAGUUUGAAAUUGUUGCAUGAGUUUUGUAUUUUAAAUAUUUAAGUAUUAUAUUUACAUAUAUCUGAAGUAAGAAAGAUGAUUUGGAUGACCCAAAUGGCCAGUUUAAUAUUUCAUAUGCAGAUUUAUUUCUUAGAACUUCUUGAUCGGUGAUCAGAUGGCAAUAGUUUUACGUAACUUGCAGUCUGUACUUCAGUUUAUUAUGUUACGGUUUAGUCUAUGAAAAGAUGUAGUUACAAGUCCUGGUGUGACAGAAUUCUUACCCAUUAGGAAAAUUAUGAACUUCUUAAGCUCUUUCAUCUCCUAGCCCAGGUGUCCCAUCUUGAGCUUUGGUAGCAGAAAUAUAUGGCAUUGUCUAAAGAAUUACUGGUUUCUCAGUGGAAGCAAACUAUGCUCAGAUCUAUUCUGUCUCCUUUGGUUAAUAUUCCCUCUGUUGCAUCUGCAUCUUCCCAAGGUCUCUUCUCACUUCUCCCGUUGUAGUGGUGGGAACUACAGGGCUCAAUCAUUCUCACAGUGUCAUCCUGUCUGGCCCACUCUGGGUUUGAAAAUCUGGUUGUUUUAUGUGCCUGGAGCAGGAAAAGUGUUGAUCAUUCCUGCAUCUGUUUAUACGAGGAGGUUUUUCGUGGCUUGAGUUUCCUGGACUGGUGUUGCUUUUGUUGUUAAAAAUGUCAACAGCAAUGUUGUUUACUUGUUAACCUUGUAGAUCCCAAGACACGUGCUGACUGAGUUGAGGGGCCUUUGAGCAAUGGAUUCGGAGUUUAUUCAGAGACAAGGAACACUCCUAGAACGGUGUCUGUGCACUUAACUCAGAAUUACACACACCAGAUACAAGUCUUAAUGGACAGGCAAUUUUGCAUUCGAUGCAUCAAUGCCCAAAUCAGCCUCUCCUUGCACCUUUGGCAAUCCAGCCUCUGUAAGGUUCAUUCUAAUUUUCAUGAUAGGAUUGUCUUGUCUGCUCUUUAAUCUAUAAAUAAGGGCAAGUUAGCCUGAAAGUCUGCCAUUUCUUGGUGGUUUUAUUUUUAUUGUUAUUCCUUGGGCAGGUAAUGACAGCUAGAGGUUUAUGUACGUAAAGCAGUCUAUGAAAAAUAAGUUGAUCUGUAAAUUUACAAUAAAUUCUCUGUGGACUUUU